AUGCCUUCCACGGGCCCGGAUGAUCGUCUCCCUGACCAGGAGACGGUUCUGAACGUCAACUUGGGUGUGCUGGGGCACGUCGACUCAGGCAAGACGUCGCUGGUCAAAGCUCUGUCGACGUUGCUCUCGACUGCUGCGCUCGAUAAGUCGAAACAAUCACGUCAGCGUGGUAUGACGCUCGAUUUGGGAUUUUCUUGUUUCUUUUUGGACAUGCCCUCGCAUUUACAAGCUUCCUACCCGGAUAAGAAAAAUCUGCAAAUCACUUUGGUCGAUUGUCCUGGCCACGCCAGUCUGAUUCGAACCAUAAUCGGUGGCGCCCAAAUCAUUGAUAUGGUCUUACUAGUAGUUGACGCGGUGAAAGGGUGGCAGGCGCAAACAACGGAGUGCCUGGUCUUGGCCGAAUUGACAUCUCCGUAUCUUGUUGUGGCGCUAAACAAAGCGGAUCAGUUUCCUCCGCCGGAACGAGACCAGCUACUCGAACAGGCCGCGGCCAAAAUUCGAGAUCGUUUGAAAGCGACUCGGUUCGCGAAUGCUCCUAUUGUUGGUGUAGCUGCCUGCGUUGGAGGGGAAAAGGUAGCCGCAGCAAGCGAAGACAUGUCAAAACUCGAAGUUCGGAAUGAAACAUACAAUAUGGAGACUUUGGUACAAACCCUGCAAGACAAACUACCGCCGCCGAAGCGGACGCCCGAGGGCUCGUUCUACUUCAGCGUGGACCACUGUUUCUCUAUUCGCGGACGAGGAACUGUGCUAACUGGAACCGUUCUUAAUGGUGCAGCUUCGGUAAAUGAUGUGCUCGAGUUUCCAACGCUGGGUUUGGAUCGUAAGAUCAAAAGCAUACAAAUGUUCAAACGACAGGUACAACGGAUUCAACAAGGGGAUCGUGCAGGUGUUUGUGUUAGCAACUUAGACGCGAAGCUGUUAGAGCGCGGUAUUGCGGCUACGCCAGGGGCGGUGCAGUUGCUCAAAGGUGCGAUUGCGCUAGUUCGCAAGGUACCGUAUUAUGUCGGUACUUUGCACAGCGGUAGUAAGUUUCAUAUCUCUGUUGGGCAUACCACUAUCAUGGCAACGGUGACCUUUUGGGACUUAAGUGUCGUCAAUCCAGUCGAUACUAAGCCGUCGAAGCGAUAUGUUGGAUCGUCCUCGUUAGGUGGCGACGCUGAUAUGGCAGGUCUUCCUCGAAUGACGUUUAGCUUUGAGGAAGAAUUUAUACAUCAAGAUGAUCUCCUUGAAUCACUGGAUGGGCAGGAGAGUCUACUUCAUUGGGCGCUUCUUGAUUUCCAAAUCCCCGUACAUUGUCCAAUGGAUAGCUUAGUGAUCGGAUCGCGCUUGGACACGGUGGAUAAUUCCACGGGGUCCGCCAGUGCUUGCCGGCUAGCGUUUUCCGGUCGUCUCAUGCAAAGCGUCGAUCCAGGGAAAGACAUUUCUAAAUUGCGACUAUAUACUCCCAAAGAACGCCGAGGCACAAUAUCACGUCUCGGUGACCCCCAUAAGCGAACUGAUGAUGACAAACUUGUUCGUUACGAAGUCUUUGGAUCUGAUCUGUUUAAGAAAGAAACCAACAUGAAAGCUUUUUUUGGUAUGAAAGUGCAGACGGAACGGAAUGAGAUUGGUGAGAUCAAAUCCUCGUUCGGAACGUCCGGCAAGUACCGAGUCUUCUUUCCUGCCGGUACAGAAGCGAAAGAAGGUGAGCCGUUGAUCCUCCGCUUCAAACGUUUU